AUGGCAAUUCGUCGCCGGUUUGUGUUUAGCCGAGCAUAUCAAGUGUUCGAAGAGUACUGCUCCGAAAGCUCGGUACACGGUGUGAGGUUCUUUGUCGGAGCCCACCGUUCCGCUUGCGUGAAAUGCACCUGGCUGGUGGUAUUUCUGCUGUCGCUAGUCGGGUGUGGUAUUAUGAUUCAGCAAGCGUACGACAAAUGGGAUCGUACGCCCGUCAUCGUGACACUAUCGGAGACACCGGCUCCCGUGUGGGACAUGAACUUCCCGGCCAUUACCAUAUGUCCGGAAAUCAAGGUGCUGAAGGAGCAUUACAACUUUACCCAGCAGUUCAACGCGUUGUAUGCCCAGACGUUCAAGGCAAGGAAAAAUGCCCGAUAUCGAAUCAAUGUCACCGAAGACAGCAUCAGUAAGAUGAAAGCCAUCAUCCACCACUGCUCGGGAAUCUAUAUGAAUCCGGGAAACUUCAUCUUCGACUACAACCACAUACCGGAACCCAGUCUGGUGGACUUUCUGAAAAGUGUUUCCCUGGACCGCAGAAGUGUACUAACGACGUGCGGUUCGACCAGCGAUAAUCGAUGCACCAACUAUAUGCAAGUAACGCUGACGAACGAAGGCGUUUGCUACUCGUUCAACAUGCUGUCUCAGGACGAGAUGUUCCGCGAUGGUGUGCUGCAUAGUGAGUACAAGUAUCUGGAAGAUUGGGAUGACGAUGGUAAAGGCAUGGACGACGACGACAUCAAUGGCAAGGAUGAGGGCCAAGGACUGCUGCAGGUAGCGGGAUCCGGUUUAGAUGCUGCCAUAGGGUUCAUUAUGACCCAUUAUCCACUCAAAGUGGACACCUCGUGUGUGCGCGGCCGUGGUUAUAAAUUGCUUAUCCACGAACCGACCGUAUAUCCGGAUCUGUCCAAGCGUAACAUCCGGCUCUCCGUCUCGCAAACGCUUACCAUCGCGCUGAAGCCAAACAUCAUGAUCACCUCCCCUGUGCUGGCCAAGUACAGUGCCCAGAAGCGUCAGUGUUACUUCGAAGACGAGCACCCUUUACGGUUCUUCCGGCAUUACAAUCAAGACAACUGUGAGCUCGAAUGUCUGACCAACUACACGCUAGAGUCCUGUGGUUGCGUCCAUUUCUCGAUGCCACGAGCGAACGAAACCAGCUACUGCACGCUACCACAAGCACUAUGUGCGGCAAAUGCACGGUCCCAUCUCUUCAUACGGAAGCAAACUGCCAGAAAUGGGAGCGUGGACUAUCUCCGGCAGUGUGACUGCCUACCGGCAUGUACAUCCGUGCGUUACGAUCUGCAGAUCACCGAAGAGUCGCACACGGAAGAACGUGAAGUUCGGUCCACGCUCGUGAGCGAAGAGGAGCUUUUAAGGAAUUUGCAGCUGCCUGUCUAUUCGAUGAUGCAGAUCUUUUUCCAGGACACGCAUUUCAUACCCGCACAAAGAUCGGAGAUGCACGGUAUGGUGGACUUUCUGGCGAACUGUGGCGGCCUCCUUGGGCUCUUCAUCGGCGUCAGUUUGUUGAGCAUCGUGGAGGGACUAUACUACAUUCUGCUGCGUCCAAUCAAUGGUGAUACAACGACGGACGCAGAAAUGAUUUCUUAG